CUGGCGGCGGCGGCCCCGGGCGCCUGGAGACCGGCCUUGCCCCAAAGUGUUUUCCGUGCAGCCCCGGGAAGACCAGAAACGGGGUGCCGCUUCCCAGGCCGAGUUCGCCGGAUGGGCGCGGCGGCGCGGGGAAGAUGCUCAAAGUCCUGGUGCUGAAGAUUGAAGAUCCAGGUUGCUUCUGGGUUAUCAUAAAAGGAUGCAGUACCUUUUUAGAUCAUGAAGUUGACUAUCAAAAGCUGAAUAGUGCUAUGAAUGACUUCUAUAAUAGCAUGUGUCAAGAUAUAGAAAUAAAACCAUUAAUGUUGGAAGAAGGGCAGGUCUGUGUGGUUUAUUGUCAAGAGCUAAAGUGCUGGUGCAGGGCUAUUAUUAAGUCAAUAGUGUCUUCAGCAGACCAUUACCUGGCAGACUGUUUCCUUGUGGAUUUUGCCAAGUACAUUCCAGUGAAAUCUAAAAACAUCCGAGUUGCAGUGGAAGCUUUCAUGCAGCUUCCCUACAGGGCGAAGAAGUUCAGAUUGUACUGCACCAAACCCGUUACCUUACAGAUUGACGUCUGUGAGGACAGCGCUGAAAUUGUACCUGCCAUGAAGUGGGACAGUGCAGCUAUUCAGUACUUCCAGAACAUUCUCAAAGCAACUACCCAGGUGGAAGCCAAAUUAUGUGCUGUGGAAGAAGAUACUUUUGAGGUUUACCUUUACGUAACUGUAAAAAAUGAAAAAGUUUGUAUUAAUGAUGACCUGGUUGCAAAGAACUUCGCUUGUUAUAUAUCACCAGUGGAGAAUAAGCACCUUGAUCCUUUAGAGAAAUCAAGAUUGAGUAUAAAGUCAACAUCCUUUUCUAAUAAGCUCAAUCCAGCACUUACUCUUUGGCCAAUGUUUUUGCAAGGAAAAGAUUCUCAAGGAAUGGAAAAUUCACAUGGUUUAACUUUUCUGGCACGGUCUCUCCAGCACCCAUGGCCCAAGAAAGUUGUUGGUCACCUAGGGCCAGCUGCUGUCACCCUGGAUAAAAAUAUAAAAUGUAAUAUGGAUUCAUUGAGAGAUUCACCUAAAAAGAAAUCUGAAAAAAAACAACAGUGCAUCUCUUUAAAAAAUAUAAAUAAGUGUGUUGAAUCUUCGGUGUAUUGGCCAACAAAAAGAGGCAUAACCAUAUAUGCUGAUCCAGAUAUACCAGCAGCAAGUGCUUUAUGUCAGAAGCCAAGUGAGACAUCGUUUAGAUUGGCUGAGAAGAAAGACUAUGAUGAGAAGAACGGCUGUGUGAAAUUAUUGCAGUUUUUGAAUCCUGAUCCAUUGAGAGUUGGUGACAUCUCUGAUUUGCAGCAGUUGCAGAAGUUGAAGGCAGGUGCAUGGCAGCCCUUCAUGGUGCUCCGGAACAAGGUGGAGCCCUGCCUGUCCAUUGACUUGUCGCCACUUUCAGCAGACCUGAAAAAGGCUCUUCAAAGAAACAAGUUUCCAGGACCUAGCCACACUGAAUCUUACUCUUGGCCUCCCAUAGCACGUGGCUGCGAUGUGGUGGUCAUAUCUCAUUGUGGAAAUGACCCUUUGUUGUAUCUUCCGCCGCUGCUUACGAUCUUACAAACUGAGGGCUGCUACAAGUCAUUACCAAGUAGAAACGGACCUCUGGCAGUCAUCGUGUGCCCUGGGUGGAAAAAGGCUCAGUUUAUUUUUGAAUUAUUGGGAGACUAUAGCAUGUCCUCCAGGCCUCUUCACCCUGUGUUGUUAACAAUCGGACUCCAUAAAGAUGAAGCCAAAAAUAUGAAGCUUCCAAGGGGUUGUGAUGUGAUUGUUACAACACCACAUAGCCUCAUGAGACUUCUUAGAUAUCAAAGCUUAUUAUUUCUUAGACUCUGUCACCUAAUUUUGGAUGAGGUGGAAGUAUUAUUUCUUGAAGCUAAUGAACAAAUGUUUGCUAUAUUAGAUAACUUUAAAAAAAAUACUGAAGGUGAAGAAAGGGAAUCUGUACCACAUCAGAUUGUUGCAGUUGGAGCUCAUUGGAACAGACACAUAGAGCAUUUAAUGAAAGAGUUCAUGAAUGACCCCUGUGUUGUGAUCACGGCCAUGGAAGAGGCUGCUCUCUAUGGCAGUGUCCAGCAGAUAGUGCAUCUUUGCCUAGAAUGUGAAAAAACCUCUACUUUGCUCCAAACGCUUGAUUUUAUCCCAAGUCAGGCACAGAAGACCUUAAUCUUCACCUGUUCUGUCGCUGAAACAGAAAUGGUGUGUAAGGUAGUAGAAAGCAGUUCAAUAUUUUGCUUGAAAAUGCAUAAAGAAAUGAUUUUUAACUUAAAAAGUAUUUUAGAACAGUGGAAGAAAAAGUUAAGUUCUGGCUCUCACAUUGUCUUAGCCUUAACUGAUGAUUGCAUACCUCUCUUUACCAUCACUGAUGCCACGUGUGUGAUUCACUUCAGCUUUCCUUCCUCACCAAAAAUUUUUGGUGGACGCCUAUAUUGCAUGUCUGAUAAUUUUCAGAGUUUAACUGAACAGGGUUCUCCUGCAGAACAGGGAGAUAAAAAAGCCAAGUCAAUCUUGUUGCUGACAGAGAGGAAUGCAUGCCAUGCGGUGGGCAUCCUGCGCUACUUGGAGCGAGCAGAUGCCAAGAUUCCAGCAGAGCUAUAUGAGUUCACUGCUGGGGUUCUGGAAGCCAAAGAAGAUAGAAAAGCCAAAAGGCCUCUUUGUCCAUAUCUUAAGGCUUUUGGUUUUUGCAAAGACAAAAGGAUCUGUCCUGAUCGACACCACAUUAAUCCAGAAUUAGACAUGCCAAGGAAGUUUUCAAACCAAGCUCUACCAACAUCUGGAUAUAUUAGAGUAAUACCCUUUUAUAUUUCCAAUGCAACAAACUACUUUGGUCGUAUAGUUAAUAAAAAUGUGGACCUUUAUGCAACUCUUCAUGCUGAAAUGAAAGAGUAUUUUGAGGAUUCCAAUAAUAAAACAACUGUUGAAAAGGUGGAGAAAUUUGGAUUAUAUGGAUUAGCAGAAAAAACACUUUUUCACAGGGUUCAGGUGUUGGAGAUGAGCCCUAAAAAAGAAGACACUUGGGCCCUAGAGAAUGUCCUUGUAAAGUUUAUAGAUGAAGGCAGGACCGGGCUCAUCACAAGGGAUCAAUUAUUGCAACUUCCAGAGUGUUUCCACACGCUGCCCCCGCAAGCUGUGGAGUUUAUUGUUUGUAGAGUGAAACCCGCUGACAAUGAAAUUGAAUGGAAUCCAAAGGUUACUAGGUAUGUUCAUCACAAAAUUAUUGGCAAGCUGCAUGAUGCAAAAGUGAUACUGGCUCUGGGAAAUACAGUUUGGCUUGAUCCAAUGGUGCACAUUACAAAACUUACAAACUUGAAAACUUCUAUCAUUGAUUAUAAUGUUCGAGCUGAAAUUUUGUCAAUGGGAAUGGGCAUUGAUAAUUCAGACCAUAUAGAACAACUGAAAAAAUUAUACAAAGGAGCUAAAAUGCCAACUUUUGAAGAAAGCCUAAGCCAAACCCUGAUACCUGAUUCAGCAGAAGAUGCCCUCAGUUUGCAGAGGAGAGAGCAGGAGAACGGGGUGUCAGAAAGAACUGCUGGCUCUGAGACGAAGUCAGACCAGAAACAUGAAACCUUACCAGAAAACACUGGAGAAGAUGUUUCCACUAAAAAAACCACAGAACCUGUUAAGAGCUUCCACCCACAAAUAAAAUGGUUCCAAAAAGAUGAUAUGGUCAUAUUAAAAAUAAGAAUAAGAAAUGUAAAAGAUUAUAAAUGUAAAUUUUCUAGAGAUAGAGUUGUUUUCAGUGCCUGGGUGGGAGACAAAUUUUAUUUGGCUGAUAUGGAGCUGCAGGCCAACAUAAUAAAAGAUGAUUGCAAAUGCGUAGUUAAAAAUGAUGAACCUGUAAUCACUCUUGCCAAAGAGAAAAGGGAGCCUUGGUAUAGUUUACUCAAACAGAGGAAUCCUAAUGUGGCUUUUGAUUUUGAUCACUGGGAAGACUGUGAAGAGGAUAACCACUUCUCCAGAGUUAUAAAUUCAAAAAACCUGUCCUGCAAAGUUGAGAACAGUAACAGAACUUCAGAGGAGGAUGAAAGUGAGAGUGAUUGAGACUGUGAAUCACAUCCUGAGGAGUGACUGGAAAUCUUUGAACAAAAAUGAUAAUUCUGUGUGACAAGAAGUUAAAACCAGCAGUCAUAUUGAAGAUAAAUUUCUACAAGGAUGAAUUAUUACUAAGUCACCUGUGACACUGGAAUUGGUAAUGGCAAGAAAUUUUUAAUUGACUUAAAAAUGGGCUUCAAGGGAGGUGGAAGGAUGCAGAGAAACACACUGGGCCCGCACCUCUCGUGGAUGCCCAGCCUGUCCUCGCCCAUCCCAGCACACUGCGUUCCAAGCGGCCACCAUGCUUGGGUGCUGAGUUGUACUGUCUAGAGUUAGUCUCUUCAUUUUUUUUCAUUUAGAUCUGUAUUUGGUACAUUUCUAAAAACCUGGUCUCGUGCAUAUAAAUUGAGGUCUCAGUCUUACCCACGCUUUGCACUGCUUAUCAGAUCCUUUCAGCCAUGAGUUAGUUGAGAGUCAACAUAUUUGUGUGCUAAUCCUCUUAGUAUGCGUAAGCAUUUGGUAACUAGAGAGUGAGUUUACUUCUUAUGAAGUAAACAAGAGGUCAGCUCUUUAACAAGAGGUCAGCUCUGCUGUUAAUCCAAGGACAAAACAGGAGAUGACUCAGCCAUACAGCCAGAGCAGGGCCUUUCUGGAAGGAAAGGUGCAGCUUCUGAAGAACACCUUGGUCCUGCAGAGUCCUACACAGGGAACAGAGGGUCUCCCCAGUGGAAAAUGAAAAGGACCUGGGGGUGCCUGGAGUAACCCUCUGCUCAUCUGAAUGUGACCAGCCCUAUAAACAGUCACAACCUCAUCCUGGGGUGAGGUCAGGAGACUGUCAGGACAGAAGUGCAUGUCAUUACCACAAAUUCAGGGAUGCGAGCCUUCCCUUGUGGCGCAGCGGUUGAGCACUGGGCUGCAAGGCUGCCCGCAGCCUCUGCAGUGCUGGUUCGAUCCCCGGCCACCGGCGAGGGUCCCACAUGGCGUGACAGACCUCUCCUGCCGCCCACUGCUCCCCUCAGCAGUGUAUUUCUUCAGUCUGCCUGUUCUGUUCCCCGCUCUGGCUCUGGUGAAUCCUCUCACCCUCCCACGCUUCUGACUGUACCCUGGUUCUUGUAUAAAUAAAUAAAUCUUAAAAAAAAAAAAAAUGCAGGAAUGCCCAGACCUGGCUUUUCAUGUUAACUGGGAAAGUUAGAAAGGUGAGCUACUGAGAAACAGGCAGCCCUGUGCAGAUCUUCAGGGUGAGUCUGGCCACUCUGCCUCUAAGAUCUUUAUUUUUCACAUCAGAAAGUGCAAAUACCCAAGUGUCUGUGUGUCCCUGGUGAAACC